AUGCUGACAAAAAUUGCCAACAGAGGACGGUUCGACAUCGACAUGUAUGACACGUCGUUUCGACUCCGCGGAAAAACCUACGACUACAAGAUCCAGUACGAGGCCAUCAAGAAGUUCAUGGUGCUCCCUAAGCCGGAUGACGCGCACGUCAUGCUCUGCGUGGGCCUGGAUCCUCCCCUGAGGCAGGGCCAGACGAGAUACCCCUUUGUCGUCAUGCAGUUUAAGAAGGACGAGGAGGUCACUCUCGACGUCAACCUCACCGAGGAGCAGAUCAAGGACAAGUACGGCGACAAGCUGCAGUCUCACUACGAGCAGCCUCUCCACCAGGUCAUUACCUACAUCUUCCGCGGCCUGGCCAAUAAGAAGGUGACCACGCCUGCGAAAGAUUUCCAAACGCACCGCAACCAGCUGGGCAUCAAGUGUUCGAUCAAGGCCAGCGAGGGCUUCCUGUACUGUCUCGAGAAGGCCUUCAUGUUCAUCCCCAAGCCAGCGACGUACAUUGCCUACGAGCAGACGGCGUCCAUCACCUUUUCGCGCGUGGGCGGCGCCGUGUCCGCCCUGUCGACGUUUGAUAUUACCGUUCUCAUGAAGAACGGCGCCGGCUCGACGCAGUUCAGCAACAUUAGCCGCGAGGACCUCAAGGGGCUGGAGACGUUCUUCAAGCUCAAGAACCUGAGGGUCAAGAAUGAGAUUGACGAGGACGCCAACCUGCUCAAGGCCGCGCUGCGGGAGGAGGCCAUGGACGACUCGGAGGACGAGGUCGUCGGCAACAAGGCAGACCGCGGGUCCGCCGACGAGGACGAGGAGAGCGUCGACGAGGACUUUAGGGCCGACAGCGAGAGCGACGUCGCCGAGGAGUACGAUUCAAACCCGGAGACGUCAGACUCGGAGGAUGCCGAGAGUGUCGUCGACAACGAAGAGGGCGGUGCCGGCGACGACGACGACGACGAGGCCGGGGGCGACGAUGACGAGGAGCGACCCAAAAAGAAGAAGAAGACGGCUUGA